AUUAGAAUAGAAUUGCAGUCCCUGGAGAUCCGGAUGAAGUGAGAGUUCGCUCCUGAUCGACCUCUUCUUUCUGCUUAGUGUAAAUAGUUAUACCGAUCGGUGACAGUAUCUCCAAAGAUAACAGUGCAUACCCCAAAGGUGUGAGCCCACAACAGGCAUUUCAGUCUUACCGAAGGCUUCCCGCGAUGGAUCCAGUGUGAGCCCGGGGUCUAUCGGCCUCCAGAAGCUCGCCAGUUGCUGACAUCGGGACGCGGGUGUCGGCGUUGACACCCACAAGGUCAUGAUGACAUCGCAGGGGCGUUUCCAGACACUCGGGUGGACUCCUGUUUAGUGGCAGUCAGAGUCGGGCAGGCUGGCCGUUUGUUUGGCUGAGAGACUUUAUCGCUUCUGCUUCUUUUUGGACUUCACCCUCCAAGUGAAAUAAGCAGAAGACUCUGCGAUGCCAAAGUCACCGUGGAUAGUCCUCAUAUGGCUGGGCGGGACGCUUAUAUCUGGAAAAAGCUCCUCACAUGAAGUGGAUGCAGAGUUAGAAACGACAGGAAAUCAGUUUGGUGUUUCAGCAACUGUAUCAACAGAUGGUGCGGAAAAUGGCGAUAUUAUCCAAAUGCAAUCAGAGCAGCUCCAGGACCUCAAAAUGCUGACGGAUAGAAAAAAGAGAGGAGCUUCAUGGUGGAAGAGGAAACCUGCAACCAAACAUGAAGACUCAUUUGCAUAUAGAAUAGCAGGUACAGGGCGACCCCUGGCGGGAUGGAGGAUGACCAAAAAGGGAGAAGAUGCGAGCAGCACUUUAAUGGCUGUAUUGAAGGAACUUCAUGCUGAGAAGAGGGAGCUGAUGGAUCAAAAGGGGAAAGCCCAGCAGCAGGAAGAGGAGGAGGAGGAGGAGGAAGAAGAUGAUGACGACGACGACGAUGAUGAUGACGAUGACGAUGAUGAUGACGACGAUGAGGAAGAAGAAGAGGAGGAAGAGGAAGAAGAAGAAGAAGAGGCGGAGGAGGCAACUCCAGUUCCCAGCAAUGAGACCGAAACCGAGAGCAGCAGUCCCCUGGCUCUGUGUCGUACCGACAACAAUGAAGUUAGCUGCAGGGACGUCGGCAUGACUCACCUGCCAAUCAUUCACAACCUGGAGGCCACCAAGCUGGACUUCUCAGGGAACAACAUCCAAAGAAUUCCAGCUGAAGUCUUCUCUAACCUACCAAAUCUGGAAACACUGGAUCUUAGCAAAAACCAACUGACCGAUGAUUCAUUCAGCCAAAAGCCACUUUACAACUUGACCUCUCUGAAGAAGCUCAACUUAGACUUCAACCGGCUCACAAUGAUACCGCCGCUGCCGCAGUCUCUUGAGCAACUGAGCGUGAACAACAACAAGCUCACCGCCCUCCCCCCUCAUUGUUGGGCCGGUUUGACGAACCUGUUGAGCCUGGAGCUGGAAGAAAACGGUCUUCACGAGGGUGGGGUAUCACGCCAGGCUUUCAAAGCGCUCGAGCGGCUUCUCCACCUCAAGCUGGAGAACAACCGCUUCCGUUCGUUCCCCAAAGGCCUUCCCGUCUCUCUGCAGACAUUAGAAAUGAACGGGAACUUGAUCGAGGGCGUGACAAGCCAGGCAAUGAGGGGCUUCGCUCAUCUGAGAGUCUUGGACCUGAGUCACAAUCUGCUUCACAAUGAAGGCCUUGACCAACGUGCCUGGACCAAACUCAGACGCCUUGAAUCCUUGGACCUGUCUUCCAAUUACCUGACAUCCGUGCCCCUGAAUCUGCCUCACCCUCUCCAAAAACUGAACCUCCAACACAACAACAUAAGCCACAUCCCGCCCCUCACCUUCCGCCACAUGCGUCCUGGCCUACAGUCGCUUUAUCUGUCCCACAACACGUUAAGCAACGAGGGAAUUGAACGGGGCUCUUUUGUUGGAAUGUACCGAUCGCUUGUGGAGCUCCUGAUGGACAACAAUAUUCUGGAAGAGGUGCCUCGCUGGGUACGGCAGUUUAAGAAGCUGCGGGUGCUGAGACUAGAUAACAAUCAUAUCAGGUAGGACGCCAGGCAAAUUAUAUGACAUUAAUAUUCCUAUUGGGGCAA